AUGUCCGACCAAACUCCAAUCUUGCGCCCACGCCCCCAGCGAGUAUUCAAUUUGAACGACUCAUCCGGAUCCUCGACCCCGGCGGAACCCUCUAAUUCCGACACCUUGACUCCCAGAGAACCUGGGUCGGCCGCUAUCAGUCGCAAUGGGUCGAUCAUGAAUUUGACAUCCCCAACGUUGUAUGGCAUUUACUCUCCGACGGCCUUUGAGAGCAUUCGAGAUGACCACAGUCCAUGGGGAACCGAGUCCGAGGUACAACCUCGCAGCCCGAACAGCCUCAAGGUUCAACCAACUGGUGGCCGGACAGACUCUGCCGCGGUUCUUCGAACGCGGUCUCGCCUCAGCCAAGGGUUGUUCCGCGGCGUUAUUCUCCCACAGGCCCUCCGGAGCACCCUUUUAUUUGCAUUUGGUGUCGCAUACGGCAUCAUUACCAUCCACCUCCACGAAAACCACUGGAUUACCCCGGUGAAACUUGAGUAUACUCAUUUUUACGGAUCAUGGCAAUAUCUGGGGCUAUGGGGCAUCACCGGGAUCGCUAUAGGAAACGUUCUUCCUUGGUUGGACACGUUCCUGGAGGGCGCAGUCGGCGAUGCGACGCAGGAUAAACGUUCGAGUACUGAUCAGAACACUUCGGAGCUCGCGCUUUCUUGGCCCGCCGUGGUCCGCAGCGUCGGAGCUUUUGUGGGUAUCGCGUUCGCCAUGCGUCGCACUCCCUGGGAAUCCACAACUCAAGCGUCUCUAACGCUGGCCCUCGUCAAUCCCGUUCUGUGGUAUCUCAUCGACCGCACCAAGACCGGUUUCAUCCUUUCAACCACCUUGGGAGUCGGGGGUAUGGGCUUGCUGCUAGGUCUCAAGCCUGAUUUGAUUCCGUCGGCCGAAGCAUCUGCGCCUACAAUUCCAACACUAAACGGGACCGGGGCAGAAGCUGCUGCGGUGGCAGGAAUUACCCAGGAGAGCAUUGCGGUCCGAACAUGGGUUGCAAGCGUCCUCUUCUGCGCGAUCGUCUGCUUCGGCAACAUUGGCAGACAACUUGACUUUGGGCGUCGCCAGGCAGUCAAGCCAUGA